GCCCGCUUUACUGCUCGAGUCACGCUCAGGAACGACGGAGAUCAACGACGGCGACCGCUGUAGCAGGGUCGCCCAUAAGCGGGCGCGCAAUAAUCUCGACAUAUAUCAGCUCCUCUGCUCGCUCGACUAUAACGUCCGCCCCGGUUCCCUGUCCUUCGAAGCCCGCGAAAAGCUCUCGUCGCCACAGAUAACGCCUCCAACACAGCUCCGCACCGAUUCAGUAGCUUCCCCUUCGCGCGUUCACUCGACCCCAGGGAACGCGACUCCCGACAUGACGCAGUCAGCAACGCAACAACCUUUGCCUGCGCAGCCUGCAAAACCUUCUGAGGAGCCUCCGCUGGAAUGGGAUUGGGACAUCGAGCAUGAGGACAGGAAGGCGGAGGCUAGGGCCGACGUCGCCGUCCACCAUGCCAUGCCCUUCCAGGUCGAUAGGAAGCUGCUCAAGGACAUUGUCCACGAGCGUAUGGGGGCUGAAGUCGCACGUAUCCGAUUCCUCGGUGCAGGUACAUUCCACAAGGGGUACCUCGUCACUCUUGUCGACAGGCGCGAAGUGGUCGCGCGUGUCGCGCGACGCUUCAUGCCGCGGCUGAAGACCGAGAGCGAAGUAGCAACGAUGCAUUAUCUCCGCCGACAUACCGCAAUACCUGUGCCGGAAGUUUACCAUUACGAUUCGAACCCAUAUAACAGGUUAGGUGGCGAAUACAUCUUGAUGUCGAAGGCUUCUGGCAUCCCCCUGUCAAAAGUCUUUCACUCUAUGCCGCACAAUACCCUUAUCGCGCUCAUGGUGAACAUCGCGAUGCUGGUGAUCCCCCUGUACGGCCACCGCUUCCCCAUGAUUGGCUCGCUAUACGACGGGCCUGACCCUAGUACACCAUCCCCGAACUUGCCGUCCUCAUUAGCCACUCCAACACCCUCGACAUACCAACGCUCCACGAACAUCAACGACGCCGUGUCGCGGUUGCAGGACGAGUCGAGGGAGACGCACGUUGGUCCGAUCAUCUCGUGGCCCUUCUUCGGAUCGAACCGAGGCGAUCUACCGCACCCGGACGAACUCAAUCGCGGGCCCUGGCGCUCGACGCACGACUACCUCGUUGCGUGCACCGAGCGCGAGGUCAAGGGCGUGAUCGCGGAGAACGAGGGCCGCGCCGCGCCGCACAAGCUGCACCUCGACCCGGACGAGAUCGAGACGUCGCGCCACCACAAGGUCACCGCGCUGCCGGACGACCGCUCGGACACGUCGGACGAGUGGGACUGGGAGGAGAGCGAGGCCGAGUGGGACGGCCCGGGCGACAUGAUGUACCAGGACUACCGGCGCAUGCAGCGCACGACGUUCCUCGUCGCGCACCUUGCGGAGCGCGAGCAGCGCGUGCGCGCGGAGAUGGCGCGCUUCUUGAGGCUAAUGGAGCGCUUGGGCGUCGUCGCGCACGGGGAGGGCGAUGGCGGAGGCGGAGGGGCCCCAGAGGAGUUCUCGAUCGAUUGCCAUGAUUGGAACCUCGAGAACGUGUUCGUUGACGAGAACGAUAACUCACAGAUCACGUGUAUCAUAGACUGGGAGUCGACGACGACCCGCCCGCUGUGGGCGUGCGCGCACGUCCCCUCCUUCCUCCAGAACUCGCCCUUCACCGCCAAGCUCUUCCGCGCGACCGUCGAGAAGUUCGUCCGGAACCCGCCCGUGAAGAGCGUCCUCGUCCACAACAAGCCCGUCGACCUCGCCGCACUCGCCGCAGACUGGCUGCACCAGGAGGCGACGGGCGCGCGCCUCCGCCUGGCGCACCGCUGCAUCGAGUGGGACGGCUGGGAGGAGGGCCUCGUGGAGUCGAUCCUCGGCCCCGAGGACCAGGAGGAGGACUGGUUCAAGGAGUGGCAGGACGAGGGCGUGGAGCCGGCGAGCCACGACGACGAGGUCGGCGACGGCGCCGCGGCGGACGAGUACAGGUCCGAGUCGCCCGUCGCGGCUAUCAGCCCGACGCUCCUCGCGCUCGUGACCAGCGACAGCGACGCCGACGGGCUGCGGCGCAGGCCGAGCGGGGUCGCGAACGCGAACGGCAGCCUGCUGCCGGCGCCCGUGCCUGUGCCGAAGGUCGUCGUCGCGGUGGAGAAAGAGCGGGAGAAGCUGCUGAACGCCACGGGCGACUUCUGCGGGGGCGUCGGCGGCGAGCUCGGCCGCCGGCUCGAGGCGUGGUUGUACGUGAAUGGGGACGCGGACGGACGCGUGGACCUCGGCCGGCGGUGGAAGGGGGACGAGGAGGAGCAAUAGGCCCUCUUAUCCUGCACUGUUUUUCCAAGUUCGUGACUCGAUGGACUAGAAUUGUCGAUUGUCGCAGCAGCAUCUUCGGUAUCUACGCGGGAGUCGUCUUUUCUUCGUUAUGCACUCGAUCAUCUGUCACCUCAUUCAUGCACGCUGCAUGGACACUUUUGCUUCGAUUCCCCUCAUCCUCCCUCACUAUCUGGUCACAUCAGUAUUUAUAUCAACAGGCGUAGUUUGGUCCAAGCAGUCACCCAACCAUCAUAGUAUGUAAUCACUGACAUGGUAGUCUUCUUACACUACGGAAUACAAUAACCUUCUUUGCGAUCCUG